AGAGGAAGAGGACACAGGAAGCAGAAGCAGAGAGCGAGAAUUAGCGAAGCUAUAAGAAGAAACACUUUGACGCAUAGCAAGAGCAUUAAAGAGAGAGAUUUGUUGAUAAAGGCUUUUCUUUCUCUGUGCGCCGAAAAUGGCAAGUUUGAAUUUGAGGGAGACGGAGCUGUGUCUGGGGUUACCCGGCGGUGUCGGUGGCGAGGCGGUGGAAGCCGCCGUCACUCCAAAGGCCUCUGGUAACAAGAGAGCUUUCUCCGCAACUGUUGAUCUGAAGCUCAACCUCGCCGCCGAUGAUUCCAAGGAUGCCGCCGGCGAAGAAGAAGAAGAUCUCACCAAUCAGAACCACAAGAACAUCGCCUCCUCUAACAAGAACCCAACCAAGCCACCCGCAAAGGCACAAGUGGUGGGUUGGCCACCAGUGAGGUCAUACAGGAAGAACGUGAUGGCACAGAAGGUGAGCAGCGAAGAUGGGAAUACUGAGGAGAAGACGGCGGCGCCGCCAGCUCUGGCGACUGUCGGAGGAUCACUUGUGAAGGUGUGUAUGGAUGGUGCACCUUACCUUAGGAAGGUGGAUUUGAAGAUGUACAAAAGCUACCAACAACUUUCUGAUGCCUUGGCCAAAAUGUUCAGCUCCUUCACCAUGGGGAAGUAUGAGGGGGCCCAAGGAAUGAUAGACUUCAUGAAUGAGAGCAAGUUGAUGGAUCUGCUGAACAGUUCUGAGUAUGUGCCAACCUAUGAAGAUAAGGACGGUGAUUGGAUGCUCGUUGGCGAUGUCCCAUGGGAGAUGUUCGUUGAUUCAUGCAAGCGUCUCCGAAUAAUGAAAGGAUCAGAAGCUAUUGGACUUGCCCCAAGAGCCAUGGAAAAAUGCAAAAGCAGAAGCUGAUCAUCAAUAUUUCAAGAAAGUCUCGUACCAAAAGAAAAGAAGGAGAAGACUUAUUAAUUAAAUAUUAUAUGAAAAACCACUCAAGAAAAGAAAAGAAGAAGAACUUUAUAUUAUUGCUGGUGCAUGCAGCAGACAGACGAUGAUGAUGAUGAUGAAUCAGCAGAGUGUGUGAUGAUGCUUGUUUAGAGUUUCGAUUAUGUGUCUGUGUAUUUUUACUUUUAAUUUGUGUCAUAAAUAUAUGUAGAGGUAAUUAUAUAUAUUCAACUUUUUUAAGAAGCCAAAUCCAAUUAAAUACUACUUUGUCUCUAAAUAUAUAUAUAUAUAUAUAUAUAGAGUCUGUGUCUAGUUUGUUUCUUUAUAUUUCUAUAAUUGUCACUUUAUCAAUGUCUUUAAUUAAUUUGCUUGGUUAUCUCU